CACACACACACCAGUCUUAAAGCUUUAUAGUGAACACUUCUCGCGCACAGCCUCCUUGCCAGCCAGUUCAAAGUUCCUGCUUCACUAAUAAUACUAAUAGCACUGUCAGUACCACCGUAACCAUUAUCUACCAGAGACAUCAGUACAUCUGUAGAACCAAAGGCAAACGCAUGGGGGUACGUGGCUCAGCUAAUUCAAACUCAGUAAUACUGAGUCUAACUUUUAACUGUUCGCUGAGUGACCAACGCUGUUACUCGCCAGGCACAUUGACUCGCAUCUUACAACACUGUGAAUAUGAUGCAGCAGACGGUGCAAGCUGCGGCCGUCGCCAUUGAGUCCCUCCCGCUGCAGUGUCACCUCACCCUCUUCUGCGAACAAACGAAACGCUCCGCCUUCUCAUUUGCCAGUGCUGUUCAAGAGCUCAGAAAACAAGUUUGGGCAUCACGUCGGCCUGUGCAGAUGAUGAUGCUGAACCGGACGUUGCUAAAAGCGGAGGCCACGUGGAAGAGGUCAGUGUGUGACGUAUACGUGUUGGUGCUGGGUGAGGGACGUGAAUUGGUGAGUCACGCCGAUGAUCCUGCCACCUCCACCUCCUCUCGAUUAUGGAACUACAAGGGUCACUACAUCGUGCUGCUGCUCGGGUCACUAGGCCCCACAAAAGCAGCAGGGUUGUCCGCCGUAUCCAAGACUGCCAACCUACUAAUGGUGCAGCCUUUAGAGGAUUCGGUGUUAGUCUGGACGCCACGGAUGUUUCCCAGAUACUCCCCACCACGUCUCCUGCAUUCCUGGCGCGAUAAAGGCUUACGGUACGAAAGAUUGCGGUUCACUCCUAAAGACAGUGAUUUAUGGAGCUCAGUGCUGCGAGUGGCCACGUUCGAUCAUCCACCGAGCGUUGUGUACGACUACGACAGGUCGGGGCGGGUGGUGCGACGGCUGGGAGUGGACAUGCAGUUGGUUGAAACGCUUGCUAGAGUUAGAAAUUUUACAGUGGAAUUUCAUGAAGUGAGUCACGAGGAGCGAUGGGGAUACGAACUUGAAAACGGCACGUGGGUGGGGCUAGUGGGUCAGGUUCACCACGAGAACGUUGACUUGGGGACGUGUAACUUGUUCCUGGAGACUCACCGCGCACAGCUGCUCGAUUAUUCCACGCCGUACAACUUUGAGCGUGGUUGCUUCGUUACUCCGUCACCCAAGCCCCUCAACAACUGGCAGUCACCGACACUGCCAUUCACCUGGAGCACCUGGGUGGCCACAGGAGCCUCACUGGCCCUUGGGGGAGCACUGUUGCGGCUGGUGGUGGCCCUUAGUAGUGUUCAAGAGCCUCGUGAGUUCACAAGCUUUUCUUUCGCUUACCUGUACGUUAUGGGAUCCCUAACGUCGCGCACACUACACCUGACGCCACAUGGACCUCGCCUGCGGGCUUACGUGGGACUGGUGUGGCUGACGGCACUUAUCCUGGCCACGGCCUACUCUGCGAACCUGGUGGCCUUCCUGUCCGUGACGCAGAUGUCUGUUCCUAUCAAUACUCUGCGGCAGCUCGCGGGCAGCGGCUUGCGCCUCGGGGGUCACGCCUUCUGGAAGACGCAGUUUCGAGCUUCAAUCGAUCCUACAGUGCAAAGUUUUGCGGAUCGACUUGAGCCUCAUGUCGAUCUUGACGCUUUAUUCGACCAGGUGACUGCGGGUAAAUUUGCGUUGAUCGAGAAUCGCCAAUAUUUGGAGAUUGUCGCGGCGGUCCGCAACUCAAGGGGUCGCAGCCUCCUGCGCAUAAUGCCACAGUGUCUCCUGACGUACAGCAUCGGGCUCGCCUUUCCCCAAAACUCUCCGCUUUCUGAUUUCCUCAAUCCUUUAAUUCUCCGCGUGGUGGAGGCCGGACUGGUGUUCCGGUGGCGGCGUGAUGUGGUGGACUACUACCGCAGUCGGUCUGCAGAUACUAAUAGCGGUCAGGCCCUGGUGCUCUCUUCACGUGGCAUGGCGUUGAAUCUUAACCAACUGCAAGGUGCUUUUUAUGUCCUCGCCCUUGGCUGUCUCGGAGCCUGUAUCGUUUUGCUACUGGAACAACUUAACUCCCCACGCUCCUCGUGAAUAGAGGCUCGGGAUGAAAAUGAAAUACUCACUUUCUUCAAAUACUUAUAAUAGUUUCUCACCUUUCCUUCAAGCCACACCACUGCAGCAUGCCAGUCUCGGCACACUAACCGGCCUCUAUCGUGCAGUGUUGUGCCCUCACUCAGCCUGCCACCAGCGUCCAUCCACACUCAACCAGUGGUACCUCGGUUUCAUUAUUUCGCUACACAAUUUCAGUGUCUCUCUAAUAAGAAAAGCGAACGAUUAUUCAUUCCAGUGAGUCCUCCUUACAGCUCUUUGGUUGCAGUCUUUGAUUAAAGCUUGUAUUUAGUUCAAAGUUUUCAGUAAACAUGCAUGUGACGA